AUGUAUUCUAACAAUACGUAUCAACAAGGUAAUGGACGAAUUAAUAAGCCGCUAUCAGCAUCAGCAUCAUCAUCAACACCACCACCACCACCACCACCACAAUCAUCACAAUAUGGUAAUCGAGAACCUCGACAACAACAAGAUCGUUCUCAGUUUUAUCAGCAGAACUUAGACCAUCAACUAGCUAGUCAGGAUAAGAAACAAGCAUUUCGAAGAAUUACAGAUCAUGGUAGUAAUAUGGGACGAUGGUACAUUGAAAAGUCUAUGGGUAUAAACACGAGACAACAGCAACCAAUUGGAGCAAUACGACCAGAAAGCUCUUAUUUGAUUGAUCUUCUACCAACGAUGGCAUAUUCAUCAAGUUUCAAUAGAAAUCGAAGAAACAAUAAAAACAAUCUCGGUAUAUUAGACUUGGAAACGAAAUUUGUUCAUUUGAGUUCAAGUAAAGUAAAACAUAGCAUAAACACAGUAAAAUGGACUCCCGAAGGAAGGCGAUUGCUAGUGGCUGCUCAUUCUGGGGAAUUCACUUUGUGGAACGGUAUGACAUUUAAUUUUGAAACGAUUAUGCAAGCACACGAAAGUCCAAUUUUAACAAUGCAAUAUUCAAAUAACGAUGACUGGCUAUUAAGCGGCGAUCAAAAUGGAACGAUAAAAUAUUGGCAACCUAAUUUCAACAACGUCAAUAAUAUAAUGGCCCAUUCAAAUGGGGUUAGGGAUAUUGCGUUUUCACCAAAUGAUUCCAAGUUUCUAACGUGUGGUGAUGAUUCUUUGGUGAAGAUUUGGAAUUUUAGUAAUGGUAAAGAGGAAAGAAGUUUAUCUGGCCAUAAUUGGGAAGUCAAAAGUGCUGAUUGGCACAAGGAUCUAGGGUUGAUUGUAAGUGGAUCAAAGGAUAAUCUAGUGAAAUUGUGGGAUCCUAGAGUCAAUGAGUGUAUUGCUACUUUACAUGGGUUUAAGCAUACCGUCAACACUACUAGAUUCCAGCCAUGUGGAACUAAAAGACUAUUGGCUUCCGUUUCGAGAGAUCGGUCGUGUCGUGUGUUUGACUUAACUACGAUGAAAGAUAUGUUGGUUAUUAGAGAUUCGGAGACCGACUUAUCGUGUUGCUCGUGGCAUCCACAGCAUGCGUCACUACUCACCACGGCAGCAUUCAACGGGUCAAUAAACCAUUACUUGUUGAAUUCCUACAUUCCAAAUUCAAACGAUUCAAUACCAAAGAGAUCCUUAUCAAGUAAUGUAACCAGUCAAACGCCAUCGAUCGAUGCAGUGCACAAGAUCCCUUAUGCUCAUGAAAGGGCAGUUCAUGCGUUAGAGUAUCACCCAAUGGGGCAUCUUCUUUGCUCUGCUGGAUCGGAUAAAACAGCUAGGUUUUGGUCUAGAGCAAGACCAAAUGACCCAAUGGCAUGGAAAGACCCAGUAUAUACUGACGAGAAGAACGGUGCUUGGUACUAUGCCGUUAAUAAUAAUGUUAAUGCUGUGAUGGAGGAUCCCACGCAAGUUUCAAGUGCCAGUGGCUCUAGUGGUGAACCUAAUACUGCUUCAGCCACAAAUCAAGCUGUUGAAACUACUAAUUCUGUGUUUAGAAGAGAUGGCGAUGCUCAUGACCCAAACGAUAACGGAAGAAGUGGCUUAAAUUUCCCUAGUGUGCAUCUACCAGGAUUGCGCUCAUUUGUGUAG